GUAGCUGGAGGUGUUUACGAAAUGUUUAUAUCGAUAGCCCAGUUAGCUAAUUUGGGGCACCAGUAGAUGCGUCACCCUUAAAAAGGUCAUCCUGUCACAAGGCACUGCAUGAUGGAGAUGUGUGACAUGUCAUGGGAGUUGGUUAAAUGAGGAAGACUAGGCAAUUAUAAAUGAAACUCUCAGGUACAGUGGCUAAUUCUCUGCACCGUAUACCGCCACCAGUUUUAUCAUGGAUGUAUUGUUGCAUUACAGAGUCAACGAAGGCAACUUGGAUGAGUUGGUGGACAUAGCGGAAAGGGCCCUGGAGGACUUCCCCCAUCGCGUUUUACCCCUGUUUACCCCUUGGUUCCCAUCCGGCAGUGAAACAUCAUUGCCGUUUAAGCCCCGGAAGUCCCCACCAGUUGUUUCUGCUGAAGACCUGAAACGAAUCCAGUUCUAUUUGUGGUGCUCUGAGAGGUCUUCCAGGGGUGGUGGGGAGGCGGAGGACCUGAGGGAAUUCUCCACGGCCGAUUUGAGACGCUCUCUCCCACGGCAGCGAGCAAAUUCAGAGUUUGCCGAUGCGACGCACCACGACGAGGCCGCCGCGACAGAGAGGAGGCCGAGAAGGUCGUGGAGCGUCGUCUCUCUGGGGGGUGUCCUGACUGAAAACAUUCGCCCGUUCUCCGGACAGUUCCAGAUGGUCGUGGAGCGACUGGGACUCCACUCGUUGCAGAGAGCCAAGUGGAUCAUCGGAGAGUUCAACUGUGUCGCAAGCGAUCUGGAACAUGUAUGGACUGUUUUGAUACAGGCCAUGAGACAGUCCAAGCUCCCCACUUGCAAUGCCAACAUUCAAAGGCAGUUGGCACAGAUAUGGGUUUUCUGUGACGUUUUAUACUGUGAAUAUGUCGGUCAUUUUCUGAAGCAAGAGUUUCAGCUAUCUGGACAGAUCAGUCUAACAGUUCAUAAGCAGGGAACUAUUUUCAGCUUAUAGUACAUUGUGAUAGUCAUGA